GUCCAGCUUCUCAAUCGCCUCUCUCUCUUCCCACUUUCCCUCUUGUUUAUAACCUAACAUUUCCACUCCCAAAGCCCGACACCGCCAAAGAAAACACAAAGCUAUGGAGGGAAGAUCAUCCUCCGGUAGCAUCGACAUGAACGAGGAGAGGCUGACGGCGGAGAUGGCCUUCAAAGACUCCACCUCCGCCGUCAUCAAAAUCCGCCAACGCCUGCCCGACUUCCUCCAGUCCGUCAAGCUCAAGUACGUCAAGCUCGGCUACGGCGGCUAUUCCCGCAGCCCGGCCUCCUUCCUCCUCAUCGUCCCGCUCUUCCUCGCCACGCUCCACCAGUUCACCGGCCUGGAACUCCACCGGCUCCACCAGGUCUGGUCCACCCGCUCCCUCCACGUCGACGAGGCCACCACCCUGGCCGGCUCAGCCGUCCUCCUCUUCCUCAUGGGCCUCUACUGGGCCAAACGCUCCAGGCCCAUCUACCUCGUCGACUUCGCCUGCUACAAGCCCGACGACGACAGGAAGAUCUCCAACGACUCCUUCCUCCAGAUGUCCCAAGAGAGCGGCAGCUUCCAGGACGAGACCCUCAACUUCCAGACCCGCAUCGCCCAGCGCUCCGGCCUCGGCGACGAGACGUACCUGCCACGUGGCAUCACCUCCCGCCCUCCGAACCUCUGCAUGGCCGAGGCUCGGAAGGAAGCCGAGGACGUCAUGUUCGGCGCCCUGGACGCGCUCUUCGACAAGACCGGCGUCAGCCCCAAGGACGUAGGCAUCCUUAUCGUGAACUGCAGCCUAUUCAAUCCCACCCCUUCCCUCUCGGCCAUGAUCGUCAACCACUACAAGCUCCGCACCGACAUCAAGAGCUACAACCUGGGCGGGAUGGGCUGCAGCGCUGGGCUCAUAUCCAUCGCCCUGGCCCAAGACCUCCUCAAGGCCAACCCCAACACGUACGCCGUCGUUUUGAGCACCGAGAACAUCACCCUAAACUGGUACUUCGGCAACGACCGCUCCAUGCUGCUGUGCAACUGCAUCUUCCGCAUGGGCGGGGCGGCCGUCCUGCUGUCCAACAGGGCUCGUGAUAGGUCACGCGCCAAGUACGAGCUGGUGCGCACCGUGCGGACCCACAAGGGCGCCGACGACAGGAACUACAACUGCGUGUACCAGAAGGAGGACGAGACCGGGACGGUCGGGGUGUCGCUGGCGCGUGAGCUGAUGGCGGUUGCGGGGGACGCGCUGAAGACCAACAUCACGACGCUGGGACCGUUGGUCCUUCCGCUGAGCGAGCAGCUGAUGUUCUUCCUCACGCUCGUCAGGCGGAAGGUGCUACACGCGCGGGUGAAGCCGUACAUCCCGGACUUCAAGCUGGCGUUCGAGCACUUCUGCAUCCACGCCGGGGGGAGGGCGGUGUUGGACGAGGUGCAGAAGAACCUGCAGCUCAGCGAGUGGCACAUGGAGCCGUCGAGGAUGACGUUGCAUCGGUUCGGGAACACGUCGAGCAGCUCGCUGUGGUACGAGCUGGCGUACAGCGAGGCCAAAGGUAGGGUGGCGGUCGGGGACCGAGUGUGGCAGAUUGCGUUCGGGUCCGGGUUCAAGUGUAACAGCGCGGUGUGGAAGGCGUUGAGGCCGAUCGCGGUGACGGAGAUCAAAGGGAACCCCUGGGCCGGGUCGGUGGAUCGGUACCCGGUCAAAGUUCCCGCCGGCUGACCUUUAUUGAUUGCGUGGCAGUUCAUUUAAGAUCUCCUCAGCAGGCUGCCUACUUUAUUAAUUAAUUGUUUCCUAGUUGCAACUUUUCUCCCAAUAUCGUAAUAUCCUUUCGUCACACAACUCUUCGUGGGAGUGCAAGAUCGUAAAUUCUAAAAUAUUCGUGUAUAAAAUUGGUCAAUUUUUUUUGGAAGUGUGAGUUUUUUUUAAUUAUGGAUAUGCUGAAAAAAAAGAGAACCAUUUCAGAUAAGAAAUCGGUGAGCUUCUGAAACCAAAAUAUUUGAACUCCAAUGCAAAUGAAAAGCAUCGAUAAUU